GGAGAGGAGAAGAGCGAAGAGAGAUGAGCGGGGCGGCGCUGUGCGCGGCGCUGACGGAGCUGGGGUUCGACGGGGAGGACCCGCUCGACGCCGACGCGCUCGAGUGGCCGUUCCAGUACGAGGAGGCGCGCCCGCUCCUCGCCUGGAUCUGCUCCUGCCUCCGCCCCUCCAACGUCCUCUCCCCCUCCCACCUCGCGCAGUAUGAGCAACUUGUGGAAGAGGGAAGGCUGCUAGAGGGUGAGGAUCUGGACUCUGCUUUUGAUAGCAUUUCAGCUUUUUCAAGCAAGAAAGAUAAUCAAGAAGCUGUAUUUGGAUCAGAAGAAACAAUCCUUGAUAUACGAGAAGCAAAACUAGCAUACAGAGCUGAAGUAUUUGAAUUACAGAAGCAGCUUGCACGGCAACAAGCUCAGUUUGAUUUGCUUGCAGGGCAAGCUUCUACUCUUAUCCAAGGCAGACGGGCACGAGUGACUGCCAUGUCCGCAGUUAGUGGGCAACUUAUAUCUUUGGAUGAACAACUUUCUUCUAGGAACUUAGAGAUGAAUGCAGUUCUUGGAAGAAUCACUGCUACUACCCAGGAAUUGGCACAUUAUCAUUCAGGAGAUGAUGAAAGUAUAUACUUAGCAUAUUCAGAUUUCCACCCUUAUGUUGUUGGAGAUUUGGCUUGUACGAAGGAGCUUAACCGGUGGUUCUCGAAGCAAUUUGAGAAGGGUCCAUUUCGGCUUGUUGCCGAGGAAGGAAAGUCCAAAUGUUCCUGGGUUAGCCUUGAUGACAUCACCAAUGGUUUGGUAAGAGGAGAUUCUGAAAAAUCACAUCAUCACCAGCGUGUGGCUGAAUUGCAACGACUUCGCUCAAUAUUUGCUACAAGUGAAAGGCAAUGGAUUGAAGCACAAGUUGAAAAUGCUAAACAACAGGCCAUACUCUCGAUUUUAAAAUCACAAGUAUCAUCCGAUGAGGCUCAUAUACAUAGGGAUAUUCAUUCUCUGAGGAGAAAAGGUUCUGAGCUUGCUGGAGAACUCUCAACUCUUUCUCAAAAGGUGCAGGCUUUUGUAUCUGAGACUAUACCAUGCCUCUGUUCAGAACUCGCUCAACUUCAAGGCACAUAUAUUUUGCAAGGGGACUAUGAUUUAAAGGUCAUGCGCCAGGAAUACUACAUCAACAGACAAAAAACGUUCAUUAGUCACUUGGUUAAUCAGCUCGCCAGACACCAGUUUCUGAAGAUUGCUUGCCAGCUUGAAAGGAAGAACAUAGCUAGUGCCUACUCACUCCUUAGAGUAAUAGAAUCUGAGUUACAAAGCUACCUAUCAGCUGUCAAUACCCGUCUGGGUCAUUAUACUUCAUUGAUUCAAGCUGCGACGGAGGUGCGUGAGCAAGGAGCAAUUGAUGACCGUGACACUUUCCUCCAUGCCGUACGGGAUCUCUUAUGUGUUCACUCAAAUGUCCAAGCAACAAUGCCAACAUACAUGUCAGCACAUGCCUUGGUUCAGCAGAUAUCAGCCCUUCAAUCCGAUUUGCUCUCUCUUCAGUCUGAACUUGAAAGUGCCCUUCCAGCUGACCGGAAAAGAUGUAUCAAUGAAUUAUGCACACUGAUUCAAACAGUCGAACAACUUCUAUUUGCAUCAUCGACGACUGCAGAACCAAUCUUGACACCCUGGCCACUGAUGCGAGCACUCGAUGACAUGGAAAAUGCCAACGCGCAAGUUGAAGUUUCUGUGGAAGAAGUAACCAAGGCUCGCACCCAAAAGAUAAAGAUUUUCGAAAAUCGUGCCCAUGAGGUUGGGAGGGAGAGGCAAGUGUUUGUUGAUUUCUUCAGCAAUCCCGAGCGUCUCAAGAAUCAAGUCAGAGAGCUUACAUCCCGUGUUAAAGCUCUCCAGGAAUAGAACCCCCUUGUCUAGGCUGGUAUUGUUUAUGCUUCCAGCCUUUGUGUGCCAGAUCCCGCAAAAUGAGAAGAAAGAAACAGCCAGAGCUUGUGGAAUCACUUGUCCCAGCGCUGUUCCAUGUAAAGUUCCACCUUUACUCCACUACUGGGGAGUAUGUAGCAUCGAUUUGGGCAUUCUGGAUCAUCGGUUAGCUCGUUGGAUGAUCAUAUUCCUGGCCCAUAUACCUGCGGAGAGGCUGGUGCAAGUUGUGACAUUUUGGGGGGUUGCAGUGUGUUUGUUGUAAAGUAAAAUCAGGAACCACGAGGCCGUUUCCUCGUCUGAUUUCUGUUCAGGCAAGGUGGCUGUUGUGCAAUUGUUGUGGUGGAAACUCAAAACUAACCUUGCUUAGUGUGCAUAUUAGAUUGAUCUUCUAUUAUUCAAUCGCUAACUGGAGUAAUUGCAGAUUGGACCAUAUUGUAUUUCCAGGUUUUAUUUUAGGCCACCCUUAAACAUCUACCUCUGUUUGAAUUUGUCGAUGUAUCAUACUUAAUGUAUUUGACGUCAUCGAUCUGUUUGAAUUUAUCGAUGUAUCAUAGUAAUUGUAUUUGAGAUCAUCGAUGUGUACUGAAAUUAUUUGGAAUGGUUCAAACAGCAACAGUAACAAAUUUAUCCAAUUCCCCAAAUUAUAAAGAG